AUGUCUAACCCUAAUAGUCAUAAAUCUUAUCGCCCUUUCACCAUUGCAACAUUUCGAUGGAAUUUCUACCUGCAUGGAUUACAUCCUAAUGGCUAUCAUAUCGUCAAUAUCGCUCUUCAUGCAAUGGUUUGCUCGAUAUUCCUUUUUAUCUGCCAUCGUUUGCUACGAAUGUCCAUCCAAUUAGCUUUUCUAACUGCUAUCCUCUUCGCUGUCCAUCCUAUCCAUACCGAAGCAGUGGCCGGAAUCGUCGGAAGGGCAGAAAUCUUAUCGUGUUUAUUCUUUCUAUUAGCAUUCUAUACGUAUGCCAAAGGCAAACCGUUGGUAUUAAGUGAUGAGUUUGCAAAGACUACCUCAAUCAAAGAAUUAUUAUAUUGUUUUAUUUUUACAUUUGUGGCGAUGCUAAGUAAAGAACAAGGUAUUACAGUUAUUGCGGUUUGUAUGGCUUACGAUGUUGCUGUAGCUUCUAGAAAAGGUUUUCGAAGAUGCUUAUAUCAUUUCGAUAGCCAUUAUUUAAAACUUCAUGGAUCUUCUCUAAUGUGGCGAUUUGGUUUGGUGGCAGUCUAUCUGAUUGCCUUAAUGUCCUUUCGUGUAUGGAUUAUGAACGGCCAACUGCCAAAUUUUAGCCAACAUGAUAACCCAGCUAUCUUUGCAAAACAGCGUCUAACUCGAGUUAUGACAUUGAGUUACUUACCUGCGUUUAAUUUUUGGUUGUUACUAUAUCCUCGCGAUCUUUGUUACGACUGGCAGAUGGGUUCAAUUCCAUUAAUUGAAAAGCCAACAGACAUACGUAAUUUUUACUCAUUAUGCUUUUAUUUAUGGUUAAUGCACAAUUUAUCUGGCCUAGCCUCAUCAUUCUUAAAAUUUCAACAGGUAACCCUUACUAUUGGAUUCGCUUUAUUAGUUAUCCCUUUCAUCCCAGCAUUAAAUCUCUUCUUUCCUGUUGGCUUUGUUGUGGCCGAAAGAGUUCUCUAUCUUCCUAGUAUGGGGUUUUGCAUAAUAGUGGUACUAGGAUUAAAUCAACUAUCCAAUUGGGCAACCAGACUAUCUUACAAGUUAAAGCUGACUCUGGGCAUCCUCGUCUAUGCUUGGCUAAUCAUCUUUUCUUGCAGAACUGUUAGUCGCAAUAACGUUUGGAAAACGAGAGAGUCACUAUUCCGGUCUGCAAUUGAAGUCGUACCCAAUAAUGCUAAAGUUUAUUAUAAUUACGCUAACUACUUAAAAGAUCAUCAUCGUUUACAAGAAGCAGCAACUGCUUAUAAAACUGCUUUAAGGAUUGCACCCGAUCAUGCCAGUUCAAGCAAUAAUUUAGCAACAAUAACUCUAGAUGAAAAGGAAUCAGAAGAAUUAUAUCAAAAAGCCAUCCUCCAUAAUCCAUACCACGCCAGAGCUUACUUUAAUUACGGGAAUUUACUAAGACGGAAGGGAAAAUUAAUCAAAGCUGUAGAGAUGUUUAAGAAAGCCAUUAGUAUUGAAGAUUCUUUUGAGGGUCCUUGGAUAUCUCUGACAGCAUCAACUGGCGAAAUGGAUAGGAUGGAUGAAGCAUCAAAACUAUUUGAGAAAAUGCUUCGUAAAUUUCCUCGUUCCGCAGAUGUUUAUAAUAAUUAUGGAGUCCACUUAACAAAACUAGGGCGUCAGCAUGAUGCGAUAAAAUCUUAUGAUAUGGCUAUAAGCCUUAAUGCAGCCCAUCAUGUUGCAAUAGUAAACAAAGGGAGGCUAUUACGAAAAUUUGGCCAAAAUGAUCAGGCAGAGAAACACUACCGAAGAGCCUUAGAUAUUGAACGUAGUCCAGAGACAUUAUACUAUCUAGCUACCUUACUUUUGGAUCAUAAACGCUAUAAAGAAGCCGCAGUUGUACUAGAGGAUGCCAUACAUCAACGUCCCAAAAGAUAUGAUUUUAACCUAGCCUACGUAAGUUUUUAG